ACCGCCGUCAGGUCGUCUGGAUUUUAAAACGUGUGAAUUGACGAAUUUUUACGUGUUUAUUUCGCGCGAGUGAUUUAAUAAAAAAGUUUAUAUUUUGUUUACGAUCUGUUAUCAGAAAAAAAUCUUAUUAGACGAGCUACAUCCAAUUAAAUCCAAAAUAAAAAUGUCAAAACGUAAUGGUGAUAAUCCACCCUCAGACGAUGAUUCCGAUUUCGAUGAUGAUGAGGAUCCAGACAAUUUGGAAGUGCCAGGCGGCGGAAAGACGUUGGCUGCAGCGGCGCGUCUGGGAGACAAGAAACCAGCCCCGCCUCCCGCUACUGUUAAACCUACCACUAAUCCUUUUGCAGCGCCGCUAGGUGUUGCUUUCGGUCACGCGUCAAAUGUGAAACCCAUUAGGAUACCGGCCAGCUCGCUAACAAAACCAGUCAGCCUUGGUCUGGGCAGAGGAGCGGCCGGGAUGCCCGGCACCUCCGCGCUCAACACCGCCUCGCUUCUCGCGCAGAUGGAAAUGGUGGGCAUCCAAGGCAUGAACUCGUACCUGCUGCAGAACCUGAAUCAAAUACUAGCGUCCGGUAUGGGCGGGCCGUUAGCCGGUAUGCUCGGACAGUUUGCGCAAUUACCCGCGUGGCAGAAUAAGGCUAUGUGGCAGCAAGAAAAGGGACCUGGUGAUGAAGAAGAAGUGGAUGACGAGGAAAUGGGUGUAGCUGAGACAUACGCAGAUUAUAUGCCCACUAAAUUGAAACUCGGCCGCAAGCACCCCGACCCCGUCGUAGAAACAGCCUCUCUAUCCUCCGUAGAACCGGUCGAUGUGUCAUAUCAGAUCGCACUACCCGAUGAGACUGUGCGAGGAGGGUUAUUGUCAGCUUUGCAACUGGAAGCAGUCGUGUAUGCGUCGCAGGCGCAUGGACAUAUGCUGCCUGAUGGAACAAGAGCUGGAUUUUUGAUUGGUGAUGGCGCUGGUGUAGGCAAAGGCCGAACAAUAGCGGGUAUAAUAUUCGAGAACUUUCUGCGUGGACGCAAACGGGCCAUCUGGGUGUCUGUGUCCAACGACCUGAAGUAUGACGCGGAACGGGAUCUGAGGGAUAUUGGAGCGUCGUAUAUUGAAGUGCACUCUUUGAGUAAGUUCAAAUACGCGAAAAUAUCAUCCGCCAUAAACGGCAACGUCAAAAAGGGCGUGGUCUUCUGCACGUACUCGGCGCUGAUCGGCGAAACGCACGCUAAUACAAAGUAUAGGACAAGACUGAAGCAACUGCUGCAGUGGUGCGGCGAGGACUUUGACGGACUUAUCGUGUUCGACGAGUGUCACAAAGCGAAGAACCUCUGCCCGGUCGGUUCGGGCAAAGCAACGAAAACUGGACUCACUGCCCUCGAGUUACAGAACAAAUUGCCUAAAGCUCGUGUUGUAUACGCCUCAGCUACCGGGGCUUCAGAACCGAGGAACAUGGCGUAUAUGGUCCGCUUGGGGAUCUGGGGAGAGGGGACACCGUUCCCUACGUUCAUGGAUUUUAUCAAUGCUGUGGAGAAACGUGGUGUGGGAGCGAUGGAAAUAGUGGCGAUGGACAUGAAACUCCGCGGCAUGUACAUAGCGCGCCAGCUGUCGUUCCACGGCGUUAGCUUCAAGAUCGAGGAGGUGCCGCUCAGCGACGCGUUCCGAGAUACAUACGAUAAGGCUGUUGCGCUGUGGGUGGAAGCCAUGCAGCGGUUCACGGAAGCUGCUGAGCUGAUCGACGCUGAAGCUCGCAUGCGCAAGACCAUGUGGGGGCAGUUCUGGUCCGCGCACCAGAGGUUCUUCAAGUACCUGUGUAUCGCUUCCAAGGUGAACCACGCAGUGGUAACAGCCCGCGAGGCGGUGAAGUGCGGCAAGUGCGUGGUGAUCGGGCUGCAGUCCACGGGCGAGGCGCGCACGCUGGAGCAGCUCGAGCGGGACGACGGCGAGCUCAGCGACUUCGUGUCCACCGCCAAGGGCGUGUUCCAAACGCUGGUAGAGAAGCACUUCCCAGCGCCGGACAGGGAGCGAAUCAAUCGGCUGCUCGGUUUGGAGCCGAAGAGCAAACCGCUGUCCAUACUGCCGCCCAUAGUGAACGGGAAGAACGGCACGGACGACGAUGCGAACACUUCUAAGAGGAAAUUGACAUCACGGCAACAAGCCAACAUAGCGGCGAAGCGCUUACGCGGCGGGUCGUCCAGUGACGAGUUCGUGCGCGGCUCCGACGACGAGCUCGACGCGGAGAUCGACUCGGAGGAGGAGAGAAGGAGUGACUCCGAUAUGAGCGACUCGAACCCCUUCCGCAGUGGCAGUGAUUGUGAUGAUGAACCAUGGGUUAACCGCAAGAAGAAGCAGGCGAAAAAGAAGAAGGUGGCCAAGAAGAAAGCCGCAACCACACAGGACAAGAUCGAGACGAUGUUCGAGAAGAAGAACAGCAGUGUGCCGGCCACGCCCACCGUCACAGUGACCACGCCCACGGGCCGAGCGCUCACGGGCACACCCGUGGGCACUAAUGGACUGUAUCUAGGGCCGGGCCGCAAGCAGGCCCCGCCGCGGUCGGCGAUAGAGCGCGCGUGCAGCAUGAAGGAGCAGCUGCUGGCGAGCAUCGAGCGGCUCGGCCGCCGCCUGCCGCCCAACACGCUCGACCAGCUCGUCGACGAGCUCGGCGGGACCGACAACGUCGCCGAGAUGACAGGCAGAAAAGGUCGCGUAGUGCAAACGGAGGACGGUCAAAUUGUCUACGAGAGUCGAGCGGAAGCAGACAUACCGUUGGAAACAUUGAACCUAGCUGAGAAACGACGCUUUAUGGACGGGGAGAAAGAUGUGGCUAUUAUAUCUGAAGCGGCUUCUAGUGGUAUCUCGCUGCAGAGUGAUAGAAGAGCGAGAAAUCAAAGGCGAAGAGUGCACAUAACGUUAGAAUUACCGUGGUCAGCGGACAGGGCGAUACAGCAGUUUGGUCGCACGCACCGCUCGAACCAGGUGAACGCGCCCGAGUACAUAUUCCUGAUCUCGGACCUGGCGGGCGAGCGGCGCUUCGCCUCCACCGUGGCGAAGCGCCUCGAGUCGCUCGGAGCCCUGACGCACGGCGACCGGAGGGCUACGGAGACGCGCGACCUGAGCCAGUUCAAUAUUGACAAUAAGUAUGGUCGAACAGCCCUAGAAGCGGUGAUGAAAGCCAUAAUGAAGUACGAAACACCGCUAGUGGCGCCGCCCAGCGACUACCGCGGGGACUUCUUCCAGGAUCUAGCUUCAGCGCUCGUGGGGGUGGGGCUCAUUGUGAACAGCGAGCACCAGCCUGGUGUGCUGGCUUUGGAUAAGGACUACAACAAUAUGUCAAAGUUCCUAAACAGGAUACUCGGAAUGCCGGUGGAUCUGCAGAACAGGCUAUUCAAGUAUUUCACGGAUACCCUCGCUGCUGUUAUGGAGCAAGCGAAACGCAGCGGCCGCUUCGAUCUCGGUAUUCUCGACUUGGGCAGCGCGGGCGAGUGCGUGCGGCGCGUGCGCUGCGUGCGCUUCCUGCGGCGGCACGCCACCGGCACCGCGCCCGUCGAGCUGCACACCGUGCUGUGCGAGCGCGGAAUGGAUUGGCAGGAGGCGGUGGAGCUGAGCGAGCAGUGCCGCGGCGCGGAGGGCUUCUACCUGUCGCUGGCGCCGCGCAACGGCAAGCACACGGCCGUGCUGUGCCGCGCCGCGCACGCCGCACGGGACCGCGCGCUGCCCGACCGCGACCGCGCCUACCAGCUGUACAGGCCAAACACAGGCCUCCAGCUCAAAGUGGAGACACUCGGCGAGAUCCAGAAGAAGUACAAGCGCGUUAGUGCAGACGAGGCGGAGAGCGCGUGGCGCGCGCAGCACGCGGCCUCGCUGCGUGUGUGCUCGCACGCGUACUGGAAGGCUGUGUGCAGGAACGCGGGGGACUGUGAGGUGGGUCUGCGCGUGCGCACGUACCACGUGCUGGCGGGCUCGGUGCUGGCGGUGUGGGCGCGCGUGGAGGCGGCGCUGGCGGCGCGCUCGCACCACAACAAGAUGCAGGUCGUGCGCCUCAAGACCGACGCCGGCCUCAAGAUCGUGGGUACGCUGAUCCCAAAGAAUUGCGUGGAGCACCUGAAAGAGACUCUCUCGUCGGACGCGGUCUCUGUGACCGAGCAAAAGUUCGACACGGACGACCUCAAGUGAGCCCGGGACCCUCAGUUCCUUGCGGUACGGGACCACGGCGCGUCUAUGGCCAUAGACAACCAUAGACAAUAGAACACUACCCUCUAUGGACCAUAGUUUCUUAUGGUACGGCAUUACGGCGCGUCUAUGGCUAUAGACGACCCUGAUACACCACUCUACCCUCUAUGGGCGCGCCUGUCUAUGCGCUGUAGACGUCUAAUGUAAUGUAUAGUAAUUUAUAAUUGUUUUCCUACGGUCGAUAGUGAUGAAUUAGCCAAAGGUCUGGCGUAGACUUUGUCUACACCCAGCUCUAUGUUGUCGUUGGUAGACUAUAGAGUUGUGUGAACUGUGUUUAUGAUUUACCUGUUGGAGUAUUGUGAUAUGUAAAUUGACCGACAGUACUAUGCUCGAGCAUAGAGUAAAGAACGGUUUGUCUAUGCCCCGCAUAGAUAUUUACGACCUAGUUUCCGUAGAUUAUAGAUUACUAUAAUCGCAUUUAUUUAAGAGUUGUGUAUGAUGAUUCAUAGACAAUUUUUUGCACUAUAGUGAUACGUUAAAACCACCGGUGUUGUCGUUGAGGCAAUCGACUAUUAAUACAAGUUUUUUGUUACGAUAUUAGUGUAAUCAGGAUUAUAUUAUUCUAAUCUAUUAUGAUUAUGACAGACUGUCUAUGGUUCGGUCUAUAAGACCAUAGAUUAAACCAGACAGCAUGCAUAGCCAAUGCAUGGAUUUACGAUACCAAAUUUUGUCUUUGGCUAUCAUAGACAUGUAGAAUGCACUGAGCAUUUUCUUUGUUAUAAUUGAGAUGUGUUAGAGAUACAAAAUAACAUCUUUUAGCUAUAUGUUUCUCUGUUUUUGAAAUGCGGGUUAGUACCAGCUCUAUAAUUAAUGUACAUAAAAUAAAAUUACUAAAAUUACAAUACAUUUAAGAGAGACACAUCAAUACAUUUAAAAGACGUUACAAUACAUUUAAAAGAGUAUAAACAUCUUUAUUUCACUCAACCAUUGCUCAGUCCAUUUUGUUUGUCUAUGGUAUAUCUAAUGAGAUCUAUGGUAUAAAAAUAGUAUGUCUAUGACCAUAAACGUUGGCUUAAGUCCUUUUAACGAAUAAUAUUUUAUCAAAAAUAUCAUUUCACUCUAUAUAUAAACUACACACGUCAUUAAAUAGAUGUAAUGUUUUGUCACAAUCUUUCUUACGACGAUUUCUUAAGUGUGAACGAGACAAAACACCUGUAAGAUAAAUAAAAUGUAUGAAAAGCUUUCAUCUUUUGCGAGAUUUGGAAAUUAAAUGUUUCUUAUGUAUGCUAUAAAGAAGGAAUGGUUUCUAUGAAUUGUUGGAACAUAUCUACCAAGAAUGUACUAAACAUAAAAAAACUACAUUUUUAAAUUUAUUGUUUAAUAAAAAAAUAUCGUCUCUCGCCAAUGGGAUAUGGAAUCUUCAGGCAAGAUCUAAAAAAUGUUUAUUUUUAUAUGACAAAACUAUAUUCCUGGUAUAUAUGUUCUAUAAUGAUUGGAAUUAAAUAAGGAGGCCUUAGUCCAAGCACGGACAGAGCCGGGUCCCGACGUAGUGUUACGGACAAGACGCGGCGUUGACUGACAUUCGAUGUAAGUACUAAGUAGUACCAUGUUACACGUAUUUUUGUAUUUUAUCAGAGCAGUUUUGGCGCUAUAAUUUGACAUUCGAAUGACAUUUUAAUUUUUUUUCUCAAGAAGGCAUUGAUUCAUUACUCGAUUUGUAAUCUGUUGAUUGUCUAUGGACGAUAUGACGUUUAUUUGACAGAUGUUA